ACCUUAUUAGUAAGUCCCAAUGACGAGGAAUAUGAUCUGUUACUACGGCAAUUGCAGCAGAGGUUACGCGAAGGCAAUGGAGAAACAUUGUAUGAAAUUGGUAUCGGUGGUUAGUAUAUCAGAUAUGUUACGUCUCGUUGAGAUUUGACAAGUGUUUGUGAUAUGCUUAACAUAAAAUUGAGCUGUGUAUCAUUAUCCAUACCAGAUGGAGAUUCGAGCGGCUUAAAUCAAGAAGACCUUGCAGCAUCCAUUGCAACUUUGGAGAGCUUGACUCAGACAUGUGGAGUUGAAAUGCUUUCAUUAAGAGAGAAGACCACAACAACUGGAAAAAUUGUUGAGUAUUUACUCAGAAGGGAAGUCGAAGAUGAAGAUUUUAUUGAGGUUCGGUAAGUGUCAUAGAUCAAUAUAGGGAUGGGGUCCAAUCUUCAGCAACCCCCUUCCCCACAAAAAAUAAAGUAUCAUGCAAUAGUUAGGCACCUUAUUGUAGAAAACAUCACCUCACUGAAAUUAAUCAAAUCUUUUUUUUCAGUGUUGCUGUGGUUGGGAACGUGGACGCAGGCAAAAGCACUCUACUUGGAGUGUUGACGCAUGGCGAACUUGACAAUGGAAGAGGAUUCGCUCGUCAGAAACUAUUUCGACAUAAACAUGAGAUGGAAUCUGGUCGAACUAGCAGUGUGGGAAAUGACAUACUUGGGUUUGACAGCCGAGGAAAUGUGAUCAAUAAAUCAGAAGUACAUGGUACGCAUUACCACGCCAUGAUUCAUCAUCAAAAUGCUGAUGACAUGGUCUAGCCAGUGCACUUAUGAGAGGCAUUCACCCCCCUGAUAAUAUUCAAAAUGGGGAAAUUUGAACACAAUCAAAGAACAUGUUCUGCAUAGAUUUUCUCUUCACUAUAUCUGCUAGUUAAGAAUUUCUAUUCAUGGUCAUGGUAUCUAUGAACAAUGAAAAAUAUAUUUUUGUUUCCAGGAAGCAACGUUGAUUGGCAAAGAAUCUGUCGGGAGUCAUCCAAAGUUUGUAUUUUUGCCAUAAAUUGGAUUGUUCACAUUUAGGUCACUGAAUAUUUUACUACUCUUGUGAAAGAAGUUGUAGUACAUGCUGAAAACGUUUAAAACUUGUGUUCCUUGUAGGUUGUGACUUUCAUUGACUUGGCUGGACAUGAGAAGUACCUGAAAACAACAAUCUUUGGAAUGACUGGUCAUGCCCCUGACUUUGCCAUGUUAAUGGUAGGUGUACCAUGUUUUAUAUGGUGUACCAUGUUUCAUAUGGUGUAUUGGUGUACCAUGUUUUAUAUGGUGUAUUGGUGUACCAUGUUUUAUAUGGUGUAUUGGUGUACCAUGUUUUAUAUGGUGUAUUGGUGUACCAUGUUUUAUAUGGUGUACCAUGUUUUAUAUGGUGCACCAUGUUUUAUAAGGUGCACCAUGUUUUAUAUGGUUACCAUGUUUUAUAUGGUGUACCAUGUUUUAUAUGGUGUAUUGGUGUGCCAUGUUUUAUAUGGUGUACCAUGUUUUAUAUGGUGUAUUGGUGUACCAUGUUUUAUAUGGUGUACCAUGUUUUAUUUGGUGUACCAUGUUUUAUAUGGUGUACCAUGUUUUAUAUGGUGUACCAUGUUUUAUAUGGUGUACUAUGUUUUAUAUGGUAAAAAUUUUAGCUAGUCUUAGCUUCCCUUGUAUGGUAUAAAUAUUUUGUUUUUAUUUUAGAUUGGAGCGAACGCUGGUAUUAUUGGCAUGACUAAAGGUAUAGUGCCCUAUUUAUUUAUAUUUAUACUAGUUAGAGAAGGAUGAUCCGUCUGAACCAACUUUGGCAAAGAAAAGUUAAUUCGUCUGAUAAUCGCCUGUGUAUAAACGCGCCAAAUAGAGAUCAGCCGUUAAUAUGAUUAUCAAUAAUUGAAAAAAAAUUUCAUUUCAGAACAUCUUGGUCUGGCUUUAGCGCUCAAUGUCCCAGUAUUUGUGGUCGUUACAAAGAUCGAUAUGUGUCCACCCAACGUCCUUCAAGACACCUUAAAAUUGUUGGCCAGAGUACUCAAGUCUCCUGGAUGUCGCAAAAUACCGAUGAUGAUACAGAACAAAGAUGACGUGGUGGUCUCUGCCAGUAACUUCGUCUCGGAAAGGUACGCAACGUUUGCAAAACCUCCAGACUGUAAAGUUUUGGUUUCGGUGAAAAUUAAUUUCCUGCGCAAAAAUUCUUGCAACUAUGUGGAAAUCUGCGCAAAAUUUUUCAAACCGUAAAAACUGCAAAUAGUUUGUGAAGAAUCUGCACAAAAUGCGUUUGUGAACCAAGAAUCAAGCAUAUUUCUGAUCUUCCUAUUUGACAAAAACACUUUCGGACUGCAGGAUCCCUUGACAUUUCUGCACAUUUUUCCCAAAGAAAAAAUAUUUCCUGUGCAAAAUAAAACUUUUCAGUCUCGUAAAACCUAGCUUGCGUGGCAAGCUAUUUGGGUUAAAAACUCUGGUGUAGCAGUUGGUGGUCAAUCAGCGAUUAUCAGAUUGCAAAUUGAUGUCAAUUCUGUUCAUCCCUGCCACCACCAUGUAAAAAGGUUUAUCAAAUAUCGCAAUGUUUCUUUGUAGGGUGUGUCCGAUAUUUCAAGUUUCCAAUGUGACGGGCGUGAACCUGGAUUUGUUAAAAAUGUUUUUGAAUCUGUUGUCAUCCGGAGGAAACUACAGCGAGUCUGAACCUGCCGAGUUCCAAGUCGAUGAAACAUACUCAGUACCUGUAAGUAUCAUUGAUGAUGGCCAUCAAUCGAUUAUGAUGAUCAUCGAUAAACUCAACCAUCCACCGUACGGCGGAUGGAUCUCGAUUUAUAUCGUCUUUGAAAAACUCACUCGUACAUGUUUUUCCCAAAUUGCACUCGGUCUCGAAAGUCGAAACCAUACUAUUACCUAUAUACAAAUUGCAUUGAAUGAUACGGUCCCGAAUUCGGGCAAUUUUAGUUGAACUUUCUACAAAAUUUUGUUUACCAGUAAGGGCCAUUCCAUUUAAUGUCCACACCCCCCUACGGAUGAGCUUUUCUGAAGGGCGACUCAAAAAGUCGUUUCUGAGGGGUUAAGCCUGUCGGCAUCCUUUGAUCUCUGCGAUUUUUCUGAGGGGUAAGGGGAAAAUUUACAAAUUUCUGAGGGGUGUUUUGUGUCGGCACUUUGAUCUUUUUUUCUUAGGGGUUAAAAUUUUACUGACCUCAUCCGUAGGGGGGGUGUGGAUAUUAAAUGGAAUGGCCCUAAUUUCUGUUACCUUUCAGGGUGUUGGUACAGUCAUUUCAGGCACUUGUCUUCAGGGCAUCAUUCGUUUAAACGAAGUUCUGUUACUUGGACCAGAUUCGCUCGGACAGUUCGCUCCGGUUGCAAUAAAAGGCAUUCAUCGAAAACGCAUGCCAGUACGCGAAGUGCGAGGAGGCCAGACUUGUUCAUUUGCUUUGAAAAAG